CUUUCACCAGUAUGACCAAGCUGCAGCCUCUUAACCCUGGACUGGGAGAGCUGGUCAUGGGCUCACGGCCUUACAUAGCUCCAUCCACUACCCUCUCCUCUGCAGGAUGGGAACAGACAGGAGAGGAACGCAGGAGGACGUGGAUCCUCAAAAACAGAGCUCGCCCAGUGACCUCCCAUCCAGACCUGCAGCUCACUCUGGAGCAGGUGGAGCCUCUGAUUUACAGCAGACUGGUGAACAUCCAGUCAUCCCUCAGGGCAGCUGAUCCUCAUGGGACAGGUCUGGUGAGCAAAGAGGAGUUCAGACGAGUCCUGAAGAGUCUGCUGCCUGUCAGCCAGAACCAGCUCAACUCUAUCCUCAGUGAGGUGUGUGAGAGGAGUGCAGCGACAGUGGACUACAUGCAGUUUGUGAGGAGGUUCGGCCGAGCUCCUGCAGCCCGUAGAGCCUGUAGCAGCAGCAGCAGCAGCAGCAGCAGCAGUGUGAGGCGUGAUGGACGGAGCACUUCCAUGUCCCUGUCUGAAAUACAGAAGCACCUCAAAGAUAAGAUCGGAGGCAACCUGAGGGCUGUGAUCAGACUGUUCCGCCUGUUUGACUACAAGCGAGAAGGACGCAUCCAGCAGCAAGAGUUCCGCCACAUCCUGGACAACUACUGCAUCCGGCUGACAGAUGAGGAGUUUCACAGGUUGUGGAAUCACUACAGUCCCAAUAGCAUGACCACCAUUUACUAUGAAGUGUUCCUGGACAAGCUCGGCUUUGGUGACAACUUUCAGAUUGCUCCAGUCUGCACUAAGCUUGAGGUGUCCAGCCGAGGAACAACUCAAUGUGAGAAAGUGAAACAGAGAAUGCAGAGACCAGAAUCUCCGACCAGCUCGUGUGAUGCACCAUCAGUCCUGCCACACAGGAAGCUGCAGACUCUCUUCUACAACAAGAUGUGUAUGAACUCCACCCCAGUGUGGCGAGCGCUGCUGGCCUUCGACAACAUCCACUCUGGCCUGGUAAAACAGGAUGUCCUCAGGGCCAUUCUGAGCAGCUUUAUAUUUCCCAUGAACCCUUUCUCUUUUCAGAAACUGACCAGCCGCUAUGGUGUGGGAGCAACAGGACCAGUGAGGUGGAAGCACUUCUUGGGUCAUUUCACGAAGCCGUUCAGUGCAGAGCGAGAUGCAAAUUUUCACUCUGACAGGGCCUCUGAACUGGCUGCCCCAGAUGUGGACAACUUGGAUUUGAACAAAAUGUAUCCUCAUCUGAAAGAGAUCCUCCGCGUCCUAACCACGAAAGGUUGCAUCACCAGAGCAGACCUGCUGUAUUUUCUGGAGAGACCAGGUGGGACCCAGCUACGAACCUCCCAGCCUCGCCUUCCCCGUUCACAGAUCACAGAGCUGCUCAAUGUACUGGACCCCGAACACACUGGUGUAAUCCAGCUGGCCAGGCUGGAGAGUCUCCUGCCCAGCAUCACUUCUCAUCGCAAGGUCAAUUCAGAACCAUUGGAAGCCCCUGCGGAGACCCCAUACAUCCAUGAAGACAAAGAAGACACUGCUGAGGAGCAAAAAACAGCAGAUGAGAAGCAGACCACACAGUGGGCCGAUAAAGCGUCUGUGGCAUCUGCUUCAUGGAGAACAGUGGAGGGUUUGCUGCUGGACAAGCUGUGUGAGCAGCUCAGCUCAGUGCUGGCAGCUCUGAAGCUGUAUGACCCUCAGCACACUGGAUACAUCACACAGGAAGAUCUGAAGAAGGUUUUAAGCUGCUAUGGCAUGCCCAUUUCAGACACACACUUCAAAAAACUCUGCAUGUCCUCCUCCAGCUCUAGACUGGGUAGAGCUGGCAGCUCCUCCACAAUGGUUUCCUACAGCGACUUCCUCAGAAACCUGGGAGUACCUCUAACAGAUGUAACAAACACAUCCUGCUGCUCCCACAACAACACAGCUCAUACUGAGAGACCAUCCACAUCAUCUCAGUCCACACUGCAGUCCAUCAGACAACAGAGUCCCUGCAGCCAGCAGACUGGUCUGGACACCUCUGAUAUCCUGGACGUGGUUUUCCAGAGGAUGAGGCUGAGAUUAGAACAGCGUCAAACCAGCCUGAGUGACCAUAUCCGGGCCCUCAUCCACACAGCUGAUGAAGAUGAACAGACGUUGUCAGAGGCCGAUGUUCAGAAGAUGCUAGAGGACAGCUGGGUCUUCCUGGAUGAUAAGCAUUUCAGCAGAUUCACAGGAAUGCUGGGCUUCAGGGAUGGACGGAUCGAGCGCUCGGUGUUCCAAGCAAAGUACGAGGAGGCCACAGCCAGAGAGCAGCUGCAGGGCUCCAAGGAAAACCUCCUCCCCACCUCUGCUGAGCAGUGCCUGGCUGCCAUGCGGACCAGGAUCCAGACCAUCCAUGGGGACCACCUGACCGCGUUCCGACUGAUGGACAGGAAGCGUAAAGGUGUGGUCGACUGCCGUGAUUUCAAAGCGCUGUACGACAGCCUGAAGUUUUUCUGCAGCAAGGGAGAGUACCAGCGGCUGCUCGAUCUGAUUGGCCUGCAUCCCGGAAACAACCUGAACUACGCAGAAUUUGUCGGCGUGGUUGAAAAUGGUGGCAAACAGCGGAUACCAACAGCUGGCAUACAACAGCAGCUCCAUGAACUCCUGGCCCGUGAAGCACGUUCCAAGUGGGCAGCAAUGUCAAAGGUGCUGUGUCAGUUUGACAAACAUGGCCAGGGUUGGAUCUAUAAAAAGAGCUUAAGGGGACUCCUCUUCACCUAUGCUCUUCCCAUAAGACCCAACGAGUUUGAGGAGUUUUGGCUGAGGUAUGACCCAGAGGGGUGGGGCUCUGUAAAGGUUUGUGACUUUCUGGAAAGGCUGGGUCUUCAUCAGGAUGAGGAACUGAGGUCUGAAGGCCUGAAGAUGAACAAAUCUGUUGUCCAGCAGGAUGCUGACAGACCGAUCUCCUCUGAUGCCACCACGCUGGAGCAUAUAAAGCAGGUUUUGCAGAAAAACUACAAGAAGCUGAGUGAUGAUCUGAUUCAACUGGGAACCAAGAGAGACGGAACAGUGACAGUGGAGGAGCUGCUGAGCCUGUUACACUCCUACAGCUGCUCCGUUCAGAGAGAGCAGCUCAUAGAUCACCUGCACAGGCUCAAGGUUUCCAUGGAUUGUAACUGCAGGAGCUUUUCUUACCUGGACUUCCUGUCUACAUUUGACUAUGAAGCAAAGAAGUGUGAGCGUCCUCCUGCCUCCCCUGAUGCUGAGUCUUUGGACAGCCUCAGUCCACACAUGGCUCUGGUCAGGAUGAGAGAACUAGUCUCUGUCUCAGCACAUCAUUUAUAUAAGGCAUUCUCAGCCUUCGACCAGAGCAGGACAGGGACGGUCAGAGCUCUGGACUUUCGUCAGGUGCUGCAGAACUUUUGUGCUCGACUGUCUGACAAACAGUACAGAUACAUGCUGACCAAACUGCAGCUGGACGCUGAGAACUGCACAGUCAACUGGAAGGACUUCCUCAACAAGUUUCAGCUGCAGAGCCCACUGCUAUUAGAGAGAGCUGAGCCUGGCAGCAGGCAGCGAGGGACUAGCAGCAGAUCUCCCACCCAGACCAAAGCUGCUGGUGUCACUGAGCUCCUGCAGCAGAUCCACACACUGGUCUCAGGUCACUUGUAUGAAAUCAGCAGAGAGCUGGUGGACUUGGAUCCCUCCAACAGCGCUACGGUGUCUAAAGAGCACUUCAGACAGCUUUGUGAUCGCCACCACCUGAGACUCACAAACGACCAGUUUGAGUGUGUGUGGAGUCAGAUGCCUGUGAACGAGCAGAGGAAGCUGCAGUACCGAGAGUUUCUGCAGCGGUUUGGUGCGCUGAGCAGGACCCCUGACACUGAACCUUCACACGACCCCACGGAAACACAGCAUGGAUGCUCAAACACUCACGGUGUCGCUCUGCACCGCACUAAGUCUGCCCCCCAGUGCAGCUCCAGGCGUCCUGCCUCAGUGGGGAGGCCGGAAACAGGAAGCCCGCUGGGCACCGUGGAGAGGAGGCUGCGUGGGGCGGUGCAGCGCUGCUGGAAGGAGAUCCAGAGGAAAUGCACUGAGCUAGAUCCUCAACGAGAGGGACACAUCAGCACUGCCUCCUUCCUGGGGAUCCUCCAGGCUCUUAAUAUUAAGAUGACAGAAGAUCAGUUCAAACAUCUGGCUGGGAAACUGGACAUCGUGAAUAAUGGCCAUGUUUCAUAUCACAGCUUCCUUCGUCACUUCCUCCUGAACCUAAAACCAGCAGAGAGCAUGAGGACGUUUGAGCGACGAAGGCUCCCUCUUCCCACUGCAUCGAUGAGCCUGGGGAUUCUCAGUACAGAUGGAGUGGAGGUCAUGCUGAGGAUCUACGAGACAGUUUGCUCAUCCUGGACGUCCAUCAGACGCUGCUUCCUGGCAUCUGACCGCACUCGCACAGGAAGCGUCGCUGUGCAGGACUUUAGGAAGGUGCUGCGCCAUUUCAGCGUGAAUCUGUCGGAAGAGGAGUUCUUCCACAUCAGUUCUUAUUUUGACGCCAACACCACAGGGAAGAUCUGCUACAACAGCUUCCUCUGGAUGUUCCUCCACUGACCUUCACUGACACACCUCCAGCAGCUUCCACAGGACUCAGAUUUAUUCAACACUGUUGCAUUUGUAUGAUGAUAUGCUCUAAGAUUCCUGUCCUUAAUGGAUAAAACAGCAUCUUGGUGGUAACUAUGUCUUACCUUGACGCCCCUGGGAAGGUGUUCCCCUCAGCAUGGGUUGAGAACCAGUACUGCCAACAAAGAGUGCACUACUGACUGACUGUUAGCAAUUCAGGUUCUUGUCAUGUUUGGGAAUACCCAUUAUGUUGUCAGAAAGUGGUGGAGGGUAAGUUCUGAAGUAAUCUAUUCAAGUACAUAUUCAAGGUACUUUACUUGAGUAUGUACAUUUGGGAUAAAUUAGAUUUGUACUCCAUUACAUUUAGUUUCAAAGCUAUAGUGAGUAUUUACUUUGCAAAUUCAGAUAUAAUAAAAAUAUAGUGAACAGACCAAGCUUCCUAGAGUACAUGAAGUAACUGAAAUUAGUCCCACAAAGGACAAACUCUACUCUUUGACCCCUAUAGUGAGUGGAUCUAGUGGAUCUAGUAUGCUGUGGAGACCAGUUUAUCUGGGCCGACUUGCAACAAGGGUCACUAUAAAUCAAUACUCAGUGGUUCUGUGUGAUCACCUUUAUCGUGUGAUGACACAUUUCUAUCCCGAUGGUCUCUUCCAGAAUAACAAUGCCUCUAUCCUUAGGUAAGAAUUCUAUCUAUCUAUCUAUCUAUCUAUCUAUCUAUCUAUCUAUCUAUCUAUCUAUCUAUCUAUCUAUCUAUCUAUCUAUCUAUCUAUCUAUCUAUCUAUCUAUCUAUCUAUCUAUCUAUCUAUCUAUCUAUCUAUCUAUCUAUCUAUCUAUCUAUCUAUCUAUCUAUCUAUCUAUCUAUCUAUCUAUAUGAUAGUCACCAAAUCUCAACCCAACUGAGCAUUUGGGGGAGAUUUUAGACCCAGUGGUGGCAUAUAGUGGCUUACCACUUUACUAGUACACGUUGUUUUUUCUUUACUUUGUCAUCUGUCAGUUUAUAUUAUGUUGAAAUGGGCCAUUCUUAAUAAUGCUUACUUAAAGGACCUUGACUAACACUGUGGUAUUCUGAUUUUUACUGAAAUAAAAUUAUGGAUACUUCCUCUGGCACUGAGCAUGAUUUCACCUUGAAAGUUUGGCAUUUUCCAGUCACUGUCUUGCAUUUGGGCUGAACAGCGGUUAGCAGUGUCGCCUCACAGCUAGAAGAUCCUUGGUUCGCAUCUUGGCCUGGGCCUGGGAUCUUUCUGCAUGGAGUUUGCAUUUUAACUCCAUGCAAACUCCAUGCCAUGGAAUCACCAAUUAACCAUGCAUGGUUAAUUGGUGAUUCUAAAUUGUCCAUAGGUGUGAAUGAAUUUUCAGGGAAGGUCAGAAAUGACACAAGGACCAAGUGAUUAGAUUUUGGCAGUGAUGCGACUUAUAGUCCAUGGAUUUGUAAAAGAUUUCUGUGUCAUUGUGAGAUAGUGGCACAGCCUCACUGUAACUAUGACAACAAGUGAACACUACAUCAGCUGCCUGCUGACGAUCACAUGAUUGUGAUUGUACUACAAAUCCACCGCUGUGUACUCACGAGGACUUAUCCGUCAGAAAUGAUGCAGGGAACAAUUGAUAAAAUAUAUCAUCAAUUCCCGCCACCCACUACAUAUUUAGGUCGAUUUGGUAUACGUACAGAACGUACACAUGCAUAACACACGGCUGUGCUCAGCGCAAAGUCAUUUUGUUUGUGGGUACAUCUAUGUUAAAUGGACACAUUCUAUGGUGCCGUGAUUUCUGAACAUCAAUUACUAAUAAACAAAUGCUACAUUUUUUAAAAAAAAGAAAAAAAAAAGCUACAUUUCUGACAAUGCCAUAUGGGGUAAUGACCAGCCCUGGCAGAGUACUGCACUCUCUGAGCACUUUUCUUGUUGUGGUGACUGUCAGAACUCACAUGAGUAGCAGUGGAACCUCUGUAUGCUGCUCUGUGCAUUGAAUCAUUGCAUUGUGAAGGAAAAGCACACAUCCCAGGAAGGCAGAUAACCAGCUGAACCAACCUGAUUUACCAGAGUGGUCACUGAAACUGAUUUUACUAACUAGUUUCAGUGUCCACUCACACAGAUAUUGCUCCAAACAAAAAACAGAAUGAUUACCAUUGUGAGGUGUUACUCUGGAAACACUUCAUUUAAAUGUCUUAGUUUUAUGUCAAACCGGUUUCAAACCAAAUUUCUGAACUAAAUAUUUUUAAUAGUUUCAAUACAUAAUCUCACAUUAUGCUUUUAUUGCUUUUAAUAUAUUUAUAUGUGAAAUUAUCACAAAUUCUAACAAAGUAUCCUGGGAAGGGGCCUGCAGCUUAUUUUUGCCCCUGGACCCACAGAUGGGUUAAUGUGGCCCUGACAGCAACACUUUAGAAUUUCAAAUGUGAUCUGCCUCCGUUAUGACAAAUGGACUCAUCAAGGGAAUUGAACUGAGAAACAAGAAAAAACAAAGAUUAACAAGGAGAGAUUGAUAAAUGAUUUGAGAGUUGUUCACUGUAUUCUCCA